GGACCCGCGAUAGUUCCUUGCUUAGACCCGAGGCCGCUAGGGAUGGAGGACAAGACUAUCCCCGAUGAACGGAUCUCAGCGUCCAGUCACAGGGACUGUUUUCGAGGUUCCUGUUUGGCCACAGAUGCACGUCUCAACAGUAACAAGCGAUGGGCACCCAAGAGCAACGCAGACUCCUGGAUCGAGGUUGACCUCGCUGUGAGAACAGUGGUGUCUGGCGUCACCACACAAAGAGGCCCGAAGGGUGUGUGGUAUGUGGAAAAGUACAAAGUGUCAUAUCAGAGGCAACCCUCAUCUGAUCGUGUGCACGUGACAGAUCAAAACGGGGACACCAAGGUUUUCAACGGCAACACGAGCAGUAACACUACGCGCGGUCACUAA